AUGACGUCGAAGCACUCUGAAAGUUCACAUCACGGUGAACGAAAUCGUAUGUAUAGUUGCUCGCAGUGCGAAUGAGCCGAAGAUUGCAUAACGAUUCUCGAAGGAAGAGAAAUACUUGGAGAGGAGAAGAACGAGCUCAACGAUGUGCCAAACUGGUAAAGUUUUCUGUUCGGAGUGAUUAUUAAAAAAUUUCGUUUCUAUUUUUCGAGUUUUAUUUUUGGGCGAUCGAGCAGUAAAUUCGGACAAACACUGUACUCAACUGGACAGACCAAGAGAAACAACAGCAACAAAACGCUAUGGUUUUGCAAAUCGAGAAAACGUGAUUUUUCGUCGCGGUAACGCCAGACCACUUGGCGAAAAAUAUAACUAUAUUGACACUGUAAAAAAGAGCUCGAAAAAUAUUUUAACGAAGAAAUUUUACAGCGAUGAUGUGUCUUUGCCAAAAAGAUGGGAAGAAGUUAUGAAACAAGAGGGUGAUUACAUAUUUUCAUAGCAGUUGCAUAUUUCAAAUUUUGUCACAAACAAGUGUCAUAAAAAGCGGAACGAAUUUAUGGGAUGGCCUAGUAUAUAUACAGAGUGUCCCAUUUUAGUAAAUGCAAUUAUCUCCGAAACUAUUCGUCAUUUAAAAAGUAUUUCAAAAUAUUUUUGUUUUGAGACAUUUGGUCAAGUAUAAUUACUAUUUUCUCAAGUAUAAUUACAUAAUUUUUUUACACCAAUCGAUGUAGCAAAUCGUUAUCUAAAAAAAGAAAGUAUUGAUCUGUCUGUAUUUAAACUCCAUUAGUUAUUUUAUUAUAAUUCCUAUGCAUAAAAGACAAAAAUAAUGUGAAUACAAAAAUACGCUCUUUUUUUAUAUGAUAGACUUUAUAAGAUUAAAAUAUCUGCUAAACUAAUAGUUAAUAUUUUCUUUAUAGAAAAUGACUUGCUACGUAGAUUGACGUGA